AUGAGGAAACAACAGCAGCAAGAUCGACACCUGGAGGAGAGCCGCAGGCGUAUUGCAGCCAUCAACAGGCAGGUCGUGAUGAGGGCUGCUGACCGAAGCAAGAAGUGGAAGGAACGCAACGAUGCAGCUGCUUCGAGGCGCCAGCUAAAUUCCGCCACCUCCGAUGCAGACAUGGUCGCGAAGUUGGCUGCGGGCGCCCGGCGAAAAGCAGCCCUGGAGCAGCAGCGAGCGGAGGAGCUUGCAGAGGCUAGCGCCAGCAAGUCGGCACAGAUUCAGAGCGCCCAGGCUCAGGCAGCCCUUCUCCUGGACAAGACUGAGAAGGACUUAAUUUCGAAGGUGCGGCACCGGGAUCAGAUGGUGGCAGAGCGGCAUGCCAUGAGGCUGCAGGAAUUCGCUGCUCGAGCAGAUACUGGUGGACCUUACCAAGAACAGGCUGAAUCCGCCAAGAGCAGAAAGAAAGAGCUGGAGGAGGAAUUCCGCCUCAAAGCAAUGAAAGAGAUGGAGAUGAAGUCAAGCCGACAUAGAGGAGACUCCUCACCCGUGCUCGAACGACAGCGCACGCUGAAGCAGGCUUGA